UGACAUUUUGAUGACACAAACAAUUUCUGUUGGUCUCACAGAACCUUCGUAAAUGAGUCAUUUUGGAAAACUUUAAAAAAAUUAUUGGCGAUAACAUAAAUAAAAGAUUUGCAAAUUCAAUAGCGAAAAACAAUAUGGGUUUAUUCGGCAAAACACAAACCAAAGAUCCCAAAGAGCAGGUACAAGAGUGGACGCAUAAAAUACGCAAGGAAGGUAAUCAACUUGAUCGACAAAUACGUAGCAUUCAACGCGAAGAGGAGAAAGUGAAGCGUUCAUUAAAACAAGCAGCAGCAAAAAAUGAUCGUGACACUUGCGUCAUCCUUGCUAAAGAGAUUGUGCGAGCACGUAAAGCAAUAAAUCGUAUUUACACAUCAAAGGCCCACCUCAACUCCAUACAAUUGCAAAUGAAAAACCAACUGGCUACAUUACGCGUCGCUGGAUCGUUGCAAAAAUCCACUGAAGUCAUGCAAGCCAUGCAAAACCUAGUUCGCUAUCCAGAAUUAGCUGGCAUUAUGCGAGAUAUGUCGAAAGAAAUGAUGAAGGCGGGCAUAAUUGAAGAGAUGCUUGACGAAACUAUGGAUUCUCUGGAGGAAACAGAGGAGAUGGAAGAGGAAGCAGCAAAAGAAGUGGAUAAGGUACUGUGGGAAAUAACGGACGGUAAACUAGGCGAAGCGCCGUUACCUCCUGAAGGUAUUGCUGCAGAAAAGCAGGAUGUACCAGCUGCUACUGUCACUGCAUCAGAAGAUGAAGCUGGUGAAGAAGAGGAGGAGUUACAGGAAAUGCAAAGCCGAUUAGCAUCAUUGCGAUCUUAAAGGCCUGCAAUGCUUGCAU